AUCUGACAACAAUCUAAAAUCUUCUGUCGGUAAACUCCAAUCCCUUCUCUUAUCCAUUGCUCCCUUUGAUCACUUUGAUGAUGGUCUAAACUCUGCCAAUAUCAUAUCUUUCUGUCUUUUUACAGCUAAGUCUGUUCCAGAAACAUCACAUAUAUAGAACAACCAAACACAUUCAACCAGGUUCAAGGUACACGGAACCAGCACACCUCCAUAUUCUCUGAACUCACAUAAAAACCAUUGCUUUCCUGUCUGAAGGGGACAGUUCCCACUUCUCAGUUGAUUUUGCCCAUACCCUUUUGGUUUUAUCUCAAAUUUAUUCAUAUUAGUGGUGUCUUGGUUUGCUACUAUAUGAUGUAGGAGUUAGGGUAUGUAGGCUUAGAACAUAAGCAGAAACUGGAGCUGAGGUUGGGUUUGGAAAGUAUUUUGAUUGCUGGGUCAUUUGGAUAAUAAAUAUAAAACACGUGUCUGUGUUAAAUAAGUGGUUGCUUGAGAGUUGAGAGAGAGUAUAGCCAACUUCAAAAUUUUGAUACUAAGACUUUCUUCUUCUUCUUGUUGUUGUUGAGAGAAUGGUAAAGCCGUGUUGGAAACCAUCUGUAGAGGGUGAUGGUUUGUUGUGGUACAAGGAUUUGGGGCACCAUGUUCAUGGGGAGUUCUCAAUGGCUACAAUUCAAGCCAAUAGCUUGAUGGAGGAUCAAAGCCAACUCGAGUCUGGACCAUUGAGUUGGACAGACUCAGGUCCUCAGGGGACCUUCGUUGGGGUGUAUGAUGGACAUGGAGGAACUGAGGCUUCACGUUUUGUCAAUGACAAACUUUUUUGCAAUCUUAAAAGAUAUGCAACUGAACAUCAGGGCAUAUCGGAAAAUGUCAUCGAAAAGGCUUUCUCAGCAACUGAAGAAAGCUUUCUCUCCCUUGUUAAGAAGCAAUGGCUUAGUAAGCCACAGAUUGCUUCUGCUGGAUCAUGUUGCUUGGUGGGAAUAAUAUGCAAUGGACUUUUACAUAUUGCAAAUGUUGGAGAUUCUCGGGUGGUUUUAGGCCGAGCAGAAAGAGGCACUAGGGAAGUCACAGCUAUUCAACUAUCCACAGAGCACAAUGCAAAUAUGGAAUCAGUGAGGGAGGAACUUCGGUCAAUGCAUCCCCAUGAUUCACAGAUUGUGGUGUUGAAGCACAAAAUUUGGCGUGUGAAAGGCCUCAUACAGGUUUCAAGAUCCAUUGGUGAUGCAUAUUUGAAGAAGGCAGAGUUCAACACAGAGCCUCUCCUCCCUAGAUUUAGGCUGCCCGAACCUUUCCUCAAACCGGUCCUUAGUUCAGAGCCAUCGAUUUCAGUACACAAACUGCACCCUGAUGAUCAAUUUCUCAUAUUUGCUUCUGAUGGUCUAUGGGAGCAUCUCAGUAACCAGGAGGCUGUCAACAUUGUUGUUAAUUACCCACGUUAUGGAAUUGCCAGGAGGCUUGUCAAAGCUGCACUUCAAGAAGCAGCUAAGAAAAGAGAAAUGAGGUACUCAGACCUGAAAACAAUUGAUAGAGGCGUGCGGAGACAUUUUCAUGAUGAUAUCACGGUUAUUGUUGUGUUUAUAGAUCCUCAUUCAAUCCAUGGUAGUCCACUCCACAGCUCUCCCCUUUCAAUUAGUGGAGGUGGAGGGGUCCCUGCCACUGCCAACUCCUAG